AUGGUUGAGAAAGACGACAUUGCAUUCCACACCGGACCUGAACUAUUAGGGGGUUCUUUGAAGGGGGACACUAAGACCUCUUUGGAGGAUGUCGGGCCAAAAGAAGCCGUUGAUGAUCUCGCCGAGCCCGAAGACACCGCCCGCAACAUUGGCUUUUGGGAAGCGCUCACACAUCGAAAACGCCCGAGGGAUCCCGACGCCAUCGCCACCGAGCGCAGCGUUUUCGAUAACCCCGAGCUGGCACAGUUCUACCAGCCCGGUCCGGAUUAUGAGAAUUUACAUCGAUAUGAUCCCCAGGAGCGUUGGACCUUCAGCGAAGAGCAAGCUGUCCACCGCAAGACCGACUACAAAAUAUUCAUUUGGAUCUUAGUCAUGUUCUUCGGACUCAAUAUUGACAGAGGAAACCUUGGCAACGCGGCCGCCGACAAUUUGCUUGGGGACAUCAACAUCAACACCAACGACCACAAUGAUGCGCAGAGCAUGUAUCGAGUUGGCUUCCUGAUUGCCGAGAUACCGUCUCAGAUGGUUGGAAAGUGGCUUGGACCGGACCGAUGGAUUCCUGUCCAAAUCAUCCUGUGGAGCAUAGCAUCCGGCGGCCAAUUCUUCAUGCACAAUCGGGCCGGGUUCUUAGCCUGUCGUUUCUUCAUCGGCUUGUUCAUGGGCGGUUUCAUCUCUGACUCCAUUCUCUAUCUGUCAUAUUUCUACAAGAAGACAGAAAUGCCGGUUCGCUUGGCUCUCUUCUGGUUCGUCGAUUCCAUGUCGGGAGUUGUUGCGUCGUUUUUGGCAUACGGGAUCUUGCACAUGCGCGGCGUCGCGGGAAUAGAGGGUUGGAGAUGGCUGUUCUUGCUGGAAGCACUUGUCAGCUUGGUUAUUGGCAUUCUCAGUUUCCUCUUCCUGGUUCCCGGACCAACGCAAACAAUGACGUGGUGGAAUCCACACGGCUAUUUCACGGAGCGCGAGGAAAAGAUCAUCGUCAACAGGGUCCUGAGAGAUGAUCCGUCGAAGAGCGACAUGCAUAACCGAGAGCCCAUCACCUUGCCAAUGUCGUGGAAAAGUCUCAAAGACUAUGAUCUUUGGCCGAUCUAUCUCAUUGGUAUCCUCUUCGAGAUUCCGACCGCACCUCCCAAGACAUAUCUCACGUUGUCUCUCAAAGCGCUCGGGUUCACCACUUUCAACACCACUCUUCUCACGAUUCCGGUUACCAUCUUUGCAGCCAUAAACAUGCUUUGGGUCACAUAUUUGACUGAACGCUUUCACCAAAGUAUCAUCGGUCUUCUUGCCCAGAAAUGGGUACUGCCACUGCUCAUCGUCGAGUACACGUCCAUCACGGAGCUAUCAUCCUGGGGCCAGUACGCGCUAACGUUUAUCAUUCUUGGUCAACCUUCAGCACACGCGGCCCAAGUCGGCUGGUGUUCUCGACUGUCCAAUGCAGUCCGCACCAGAACUGUCAGCGCUGCGAUUUACAACAUUACCAUACAACUUUCUGGAAUCGCCUCAUCCAACAUGUAUCGUGAAGACGACAAGCCCCACUAUCGUCGAGGAAAUAUGAACCUGAUUGCAAUUACUGUUGGCACAAUAGUAGACGAAGAGAAGGUUUGGUGUCUUCAGAAUAGCCACGAUGAGGGCAACAAGCGCUUGGACUUUUUGUUUGACAGCUAG